UGAAACUAGCUUCUCCUUUAAGUAUCCGUCUUCCUAAGAUUUAGAUGGAUGUGUAAUGGGUAGAAUCGAUCAUGGCGCUACUCCUGGGUGGGGAAAUAGCUAGAUUCCCUGCAAGGGGGAGAGAUUCGGCUAGGGAUAUUUACUCUCUAAGAAAGCCACAGAAAGAAAGGCACCACACAAGAGAGGAAAUGGAGCACAGCCUCACCUUUUCUUCUCAUCUCCAAAGAAUUGUCCAAGAAGUAGCAGCGCAAGAGCAGCCGGUGAAGGAGUCUGACUCCCCAGGCUCAGGCUCGGGCUCAGCAGGGGCUUCUGAGAAGAUGGGGAGAGGGAGGAUUGAGAUCAAGCGCAUCGAGAACACGACCAACAGGCAGGUGACCUUCUGCAAGCGCCGCAACGGGCUCCUCAAGAAGGCGUAUGAGCUCUCUGUGCUCUGCGACGCUGAGGUUGCGCUCAUCGUUUUCUCCAGCCGUGGGCGUCUCUACGAGUACUCCAACAACAGCGUGAAGGCAACCAUUGAGAGGUACAAGAAGGCAACCAGUGACACCUCCAACACUGGGACAGUUGCAGAAAUCAAUGCGCAGCAUUAUCAGCAGGAGUCUGCUAAGUUGAGGCACCAGAUAACUAACUUGCAGAACUCCAACAGGACCCUAAUAGGUGAAUCUAUGGCCACCAUGAGCCACAGAGACCUUAAGCAGUUGGAGGGAAGGCUGGACAAAGGCCUGGGAAAGAUUAGAGCAAGAAAGGUUCACAUGAUUGAUUAUUGUGUUUUAGAGAACUAUAUGUUAUGUUUCUCUAACCCCGGAAAUUCUCAUUGCCCACAGAAUGAAUUGCUAUGCGCUGAAAUUGAGUACAUGCAGAGAAGGGAAAUGGAGCUGCAGAAUGACAACUUGUACUUAAGGAGCAAAGUUGCUGAGAAUGAAAGGGGGCAGCAGCAGACGUUGAACAUGAUGGGGGCAGCUUCAACGAGUGAUCAGUACGAGCAAAAUAUGAUCCAUUGCGAUCCGAGAAACUUCCUGCAGUUCAACAUCAUGCAGCAGCCUCAGUACUACCAGCAGCAGGAGGACCGGAAAGCUUAUGACUCAGUUGAAAGGUGAUCCGUGGAUCAACGCAGCAAUCUCUAUCAUGUGCCUUCAAGUGAGACUGAAGCUACUGAAGCUAUAUAAAUGUGAAAUUAUAUAUAACUAGAACUUGGCAUGUGUGUACUCUUUACACGCAUAAUCAACUUUAUCCCAUAAUUAAGGCUUGGCACCACCAAUGCAAUGUAUCUAUAUCAAUCUAUGCAACUCAGAUACUUGUUCAGAUAUAUCUAUCUACCUUUCUAAAUGCAAUUAA